UCUUUUUUUCUUUCGUUCCUCCCUUCCUCUGACUGAAAACUUCCUCAGAUCGUCUCUACCUUCCAAGCGGAAGCGUCUCCUUCAAAUCACUCGUUGACGCCUCCGACAAGGUCUCCUACGUUUUUUUUGAUUUAAUGGGAAUUGAAGACAUGCAUUCAAAAUCUGACACUGGGAACAAGAUUGAUUCAGAGGCUCAUCGUACAUCGCCGUCUUCUAUAAAUAGUGUAAACCCUUGGCAGCGUGCUGCAGCUGCUUGCGAUGCAAAUUCUAAUGUGGAAGCUGGAGAUAAACCUUCGAAGUCUAUAGCUUUGGAAUCAAAUGGUCCGAAAUCACCUUCCGGUAGAGAUGAUAAUGCGAACAAGGAAUCAAAUGUGACAACUUCUCCGAGUUCAGCUGGAGAGUACAGUGAUAAAAAUCAAGAACCUUUGCAUCCCUGCAUCACACAACCUCCUCACCCUCAACUUGUUGGCCACACAGUUGGAUGGACAUCCUCAAAUCCAUACCAGGAUCCUUAUUAUGCAGGAGUGAUGGGAGCCUAUGGACAUCAUCCUUUGGGUUUUGUUCCAUACGGUGGGAUGCCUCAUUCAAGAAUGCCACUGCCUCCUGAGAUGGCUCAAGAACCAGUUUUCGUGAAUGCUAAACAGUACCAGGCGAUUCUGAGGCGAAGGCAGGCACGUGCCAAGGCAGAGCUAGAGAAGAAGCUAAUAAAAUCCAGAAAGCCUUAUCUCCAUGAAUCUCGGCAUCAACAUGCUAUGAGGAGGCCAAGGGGUACUGGAGGACGGUUUGCAAAGAAAACCAAGACCGAAGCUUCACAGCGCAAAGCUGAAGAAAAGAGCAAUGGUUGUGUUACUCAGUCCCCAACGUCAUCUAAUUCUGAUCAAGCUGAAGCAUGGAAUGUUGAGUAUAGAAAACCUCAGGGCGAUGACAUGCAGAGCUCAGCUUAUAAUAGAAGGGAAGAAGGAGAGUGUUCAGGGCAGCAAUGGAACAGCCUUUCCUCAAACCAUCCUUCCCAAGCUCGCCUAGCCAUCAAAUGACCUCACACUGCGGCAAUUCAUUCUUGGCUUUCUCUUCGUUGGCUUAUUUGGUAGCAGCCAUUGAAGAGUGUUUUUCUUCUUAUUUUGUACAAAUACUUUUUGUAGCUAUGUCUCUUUUUUUUUUUUUCAGUUUGGAAUACUUCAAAUGUUGCCGCUUUUCUUUGUCAACUCUCUCUUAAGUUUUAAGUAAGCAUUUAUUAGCAA